AUGUUACUGAGUGUAUGCUUUAUUCUCGUAAUUUUCGAGGAACUCGUCGAGCUUGCGUAUGCACUGCGUUUUAUUGAGAAAUGUCACAAGCGCAAUCGAAUUCCUGGCAUAAAGCAGUGGCAAAUCUUAUCAAGACCAAAUAUAAGAAAUUUUAUUAAACAUCCGUCAUUAGAAGAAGAAGUGCAUGCAGAGGAAGUUUUUAUUAAAGCUAUUCAGCAAUCGGCUUUCGCAUUAGAAUAUUCGCUACUGGAAAAAGAACAGUCAAUUAAUAAAGGCAGUGCACUAGAAGCUUUGGCCCCAUUUAUAGAUGAAAAAGGCCUUAUUAGAGUAGGUGGGCGAAUUAAGAAAGCUGAGAUAGCCUUUGAUGCAAAGCACCAGAUUCUAUUGCCGAAGACUCAUCGCUUUACGUCCUCAGUCAUCUCAUAUUUUCAUCAUUAUGGAGUUUGUCACGCAGGACCACAAAUGGUGUUGGCAGCUGUUCGAAAUCGUUAUUGGCCUAUUGGUGGAUUACAACUUACAAGAACCAUCGUAAGCAAGUGCAUUUGGUGUUUUCGCAUGCAUUCUAAACUCAUCUCUCAAUUUAUGGGCAGCUUACCCGUAGAUCGUGUAUUACCACUGCAACAUAAAGCAUUUAUGGUAACCGGAGUUGAUUUUGCCGGCCCAAUAAGCGUUCGUCAUCAUAUUCGCUGCAAGCAAAACAAGGAGGUGCAUUUGGCUCUAUUUGUUUGUUUUAUCACAAAAGCCGUACACAUAGAGCUCGUUCCUGAUCGCUCUACCGAAGCUUUUUUACGUGCGCUGAAAAGAUUUAUAUCAGAUAGAGGCAGAGUUUCUAAGAUGUAUUCUGAUAACGCUACUAAUUUUGUAGGCGCAUCCAACUAUUUCAAAGAACUAAAGGCUAACAUGGAAAAAGAUAGCGAAAUAAUUGAACGAGAAUUUAGUAAAGAAUUUAUCCAAUGGUCUUUUAUUCCACCAAGAGCGGCCCAUCACGGAGGUUUAUGGGAGUCAUCGAAAAAAUCAUGA